AUGGUUGAGGAUGAAGCCUCAGGCAGUUCGGAUGGCCCCAAAAUUAAUCCAUACAAAAUGGGCACUUACGAUCUUGUUCGUAUGAGGAUUAACAAACUUAUGGAGAAACCGGAUGUUCCUGUUGUCAUACCGGAGUCCUCUCGUAAGAAACAGCCAAAAGCACCUCCAGAUUUCGUCCGAAAUGUGUGGGGAUCCGCUGCUGGUGUAGGUAGUGGCGACUUUCAUAUUUAUAGAGGCAUUCGAAGAAGAGAGUAUGCUCGCCUAGAGUUCAUCGAACAACAAGCUAAAGAGAAAGCCAAAGCAGACGCAUUUAAUGCUGAACACGAGGAGAAAAACCGUGCCAUUGAGGAAAAAACUGCCAAAAAACGUGCAAAGAGGCAGAAGCGGAAGGCUGCACUAAAACGCAAGCGCAGAGGUUUGAUUCCAUAA